UUUAUCAGUCGAACAAUGGAGCAACAUUUAGUGUAUUAUAAAGCGCUAUGCAAUAGAGUUCCUCAUUCGUUGUAUUGAGACAUGUAUCCAGAGAAGUUGUCUUUAUCCAAACAUCUUUAAACUGAACUUUUCCUUGGGUUGGAACAUACUCAAUGGCAUCCACGCCAGAUAUUCCUGGACUCGUGGAAGAUGAAGUCAAUGAUGCGGAUGUCAUGGAUGAGGUAACUGUUGGAACAUACUCAAUGGCAUCCACGCAAGAUAUUCCCGGACUCGUGAAAGAUGAAGUCAAUGAUUCCGAUGUCAUGGAUGAGAUAACUAAUAUACGAGAAUUGCCUUCAGUAAACACAAACCCUGACCUAGAUCUAGAAAUCGUAGAGCAGCAAAGUUCGCCACCUUCAUCACGUAAAAUGGGAACAUACUUAAUGGCAUCUACGCCAGAUAUUCCUGGACUCGUGGAAGAUGAAGUCAAUGAUUCCGAUGUCAUGGAUGAGAUAACUAAUAUACGAGAAUUGCCUUCAGUAAACACAAACCCUGACCUAGAUCUAGAAAUCGUAGAGCAUCAAAGUUCGCCACCUUCAUCACGUAAACCUCAACAACGAGCAGGACAGAGUGGAAAUGAUUUUGACAACUUAACAGAACAGACUUAUAAUGAAUCCAAGAUAAAAAUAUGUAUUCUGCCACAGAAUAGGAACAUUCCCAUUGCAAGUAUUUCCAGGGAAUGGGGAAUGAAAGGUUUGCCAAAUAUAAUUGUCAGACUGAUUGGAUCUUGCGCUGAUGAUAAGCUGGUCAAAAGAGGAUUUUUUUUUUUAACAUCUCUAGCCAAAUUUCUGACAAGUUUCAACUCCUGGCUAUUACUACAAGCUCGUGAUAAGCGUUUGUUUCAUCAAAUUCUUGACUUAUUGGAGAUGACUGGAGUUGAUAAACGAAGUCUGAUAUCAGUGCUUCAAGAGACACCUGACAAAGUCAACAACAUUCUAAGUGCACAAACGACACAGUUUAAGCAGGACUUGGACGUGAGAGCUUCCCUUUAUUCUGACCACAUGAAUACAUGUAUCAAACAAUAUGUCAUAGCUGCAAGCUUUCCAGAGAUCAGUACAGAUCACUUCGAGUGCAUUCUCUUCUAUUGUGGGACAUUGACGGACCUACAUUCUAUCAGCAACUAUGUUGGAUGUUCAAAACCUUUGAUUAUUUUAAAGGGUUCCGGCGGAAUCGCUGACGUGUUGGCCGACUGUCUCGAUACUUCAACUACAAAAAGCUAUUGGGACAUUUUAUCUGCAUAUAUUGAGACCGACCCAAGAGAAAAAGGACUACACGACAUUCAAAGCAUUAAAUUAUACGUUUCUCUGGUCAACACAAUUUUACAAAAAGUUGCAAAGUCUUUUCAAGUUAUAGAUAUUGGUCAGGCUUUUGAUAAAACUAAAUUAGGUCAAGUAUUUCUUUCCUCGUUUACAGGUGAUAAACUACUCGGACAAUCUGGCACAGACUUGAACUUUAGAUUUCUGAAGCUAUGCCUGAUUUUGAACGAGCUUGAAAUCGCUAUAAUCGAUGGGAAGCUACGUAACUUAGCUAGACUUCAUAGUCUUGAAACAAAGCGCAAAGAGUUUGUUAAAUUAGCCUUGCGACUAAACAAUUAUAAGUUUAUUCAGUACUUAGUGAAUCAAGAGCCAAGCAACAAGACUUGUCUAACUGAGGAUGUUUUGUCCGAGGCUCUAAAUGAAAACACAGAAUUGGAGAGGGUCCGAGAGAGGAUCAAGAAAAUGUUGAAUAUUGAAACAGAUGAAGUUGUACACAAAGAUUUGGAAUUCUUGUUCAAAGAAACAGUUCUUGCCAAUUGUUUUGAGCUCUCUCAAUUGUUGUGGCAGAAAGUUCAGGCCCCAACAGGAGCUGCAUUGUACGCUUAUGGCUGUCUUAGUGUCAUGAAAUCAAUGGAGACAGAGGAAAAUAAAAGACAAGAAAUUGCUACAAAAAUGAUAGACUUUGAGACAAUGGCCUGUGAAACUCUCAGACGGACCUACGCCCUGAAACCAGAGCAGGCCAUUCAGUUGUUAAGUGUCAAAAUGUCAAAGUGGGGCAACAUGUCCUGUCCAAUACUUGCCCUAAAAUUUGGAGCCAGAAGGUUCCUUUCAGAAAGUGCAUGUCUUAAGUUCACAUAUAAUACAUGGACCCGAGGCAAACCUUUAGAAACAUUGCGUGGGGAAGAUGACAAUGAAUGCGCCUAUUGUCAAGGUACACUAAGGAAAUCUGCCAACAUUGUCAGUCUGGAGUGCAGAAAAUGCCAAGUAAGAGAGAAAUUUCCUCCCAAACUUCUGCUAAUAUUUCGCUUUAUAGGUCUGACACUGUUUUUACUGUUGUACUCCGCACUGCUCAUCUCUUAUCUUGAUGCCAAAACUUUUCAUUGGUUGGAAUUUCUGCUCCUGGCCUGGAUAGUUACAUUCUUUUUAGAAAUUAUUAAUCAGCUGGUCCGUAACAAAGCUCUUGGUUACAGCGACUUGUAUCUAUGGAUAGAACUAGUUUCAGUUCUAUUGUAUGUACUCGCCUGGAUUGUACGUCUAGUUGGAUAUGUGUAUCCUGAGACUAAGGAAUGGAUAUUUUCCGCUAGAAUUCUGUUUAGUGUAGACUUUGUUGGAUUCUCUGUCUGCCUCCUAGAAGUUUGUUUUACUCAAAGAUUUCUGGGACCCUUGUUGUUGACUGUGUUUAAAAUGAUCAAAAUCUUAAUACAGUUUCUAAUUAUUCUGAUGAUAAUUUGUUUUGCCUACGCCGUAGCCUCAGAGUCCAUUAUAUACCCUAACACAAACAUGAGCCCAAAACUUUAUUUUUUUGUCUUCAGAAAAGCAUUUUGGGCAAUUUUCGGCGAAUUUUCAAUGGAACAGCUCAAUCCAGAAAAUGGAUCUUGUAACGCUGAUCCCAACGCCUAUACUGACUUCGGAGAAGUAAGAUGCCCAGACAAUAGCGGGAAAUAUUUCAUGUUCCCACUGCUAGGAGCUUAUCACAUCUUCGUGAAUAUUUUGCUUCUAAAUUUAAUUAUUGCAAAAUUUAAUUCCAUCAUUGAGUCAGUUGAGGUCAUGGCCAGGCAGAUUUGGAAUCAACAGUUCACACAGAUAACAUUGAAAUAUUGCAAGGUCAUUUUCCCACCAGGACCAUUCCUCGUGUUGUGUUUUAUUUUAUGGAUCUGUAGGACACGAGAUUUUAAUAAACCUUUUGAACAAGAACUCCCAGUUGCUGUUGUUGUUGAAUUAACUCAGACUGAAGAUGAUGUCCGCUAUAAAUAUCUACAAGAUAGAAAUGCACAACUCAAAAACCAAGUUGCUGAUGUACAGUGCAAUGGUCGAAUCAUUUGUUUACAUAAAGACAGAAAACAAUGUACAGCAGAGACACAAACAGAAUUGAAUGUAAAAAACAAUUCCUUGCAGACGGAUGAUAUUUAUUUUUCCACAACAGAAACUCAAACUAGUUAUCACCAAGACAACGAAACCCAAACUCCUGUCUAUAAAGUUACUAGUACAGAAGUCGGCACUCACCAGGGAACAUUCAAUAGUAAAACACAGACAGAAAUCAUUCCCACUCUGAAGUCUGGAACACAAACUGAAACAAUGACCACCUCCAGUGUGUUAACUGAAACAGAUCCACCUUUGAUCAAACAGACACAGACUCUAGCUGCCUAUAAUGUCAGGGAUAAGUGUCUAGGCAGAGAUGCAUCGUGCAGUCAAGAAACACAAGCAGACCAAUGUCACUUUGAGGACAAAGAAGUUCAGUCCUCUCGUAUUACUCAAAGUGAACACCCAACCCAAACAGAGACACUGACUAAAGAACAGGAAACAAUGACCAUGCGGAACACAUUACCCAAAGAAGCACAAACAGCUACCAUUUACUUGGUGGAGAGAGAAGUUCAAACCAGUAUAAAUCUGACAAAAAAAACACAAACAGAACAUAAAUAUUUUGCAGUGGUAAAGCCUCCUCGUUAAGCGCUUUUAAGUUUGAUCAAAAGUUGUACAGAUGAAAGACUUCGUGGGAUGCUACAUUCAUUGUUAUUGCUCAAGAUUACCUUAGGCUGAUGUGUGUUGUCAUUCUUGGCUCAUUUAAAUAUAUAUAUAUAUUACAAUUUCGAAACCGUUAGUUCCCCGUGGCCUAGGAUUAUUGUAUGAUAUAUCUGUGCGAUGGUGUUAAUGUUUGGGUAUUACUGAAUAUUUGUAGUUACAACGUGUCAAGUUAAGUUCAUCACGUCAACAGUUGAAAAAAGAACGUAAAGAAUUAAUAACAUGUUUACCAAAACAAAAACACAUGAUGUGGAAGAUAAUGUUGUGACUCUGAAGAAAGUAUUUUCACUGCAAUUUCUAGUUCGUGGAAAAUGGUUUCACUUGUUUUAAAGCAAGAUGGUAUUUAUACCAUGAAAGGGAGGCAAGUUUUCUUUUCUUUCACAAACAUACUUAUUUGUGAUUACUUCCCUUAGAACAGUCUGGAAUAAUUUGGUUGGCUUACUUGGCUUACUAGCAUAGGCGUAGCUAAUGAGGGGGGGGGGGGGUUAAGGGCUCAAAUCCCUAUAUUCCAUGAGCGUAGCCAAGAGAGGUUUGAAGUUAAAACCUCUCCAAUUGAAAAAAAAAGCUAAAGGAAAAUGACAGUAAACAAAGUCCAUGAGCCAAGGUGGAUUUUGAGUUUAGCCCCCCCCCCCCCUCCUUUUUUUCCGAUAUAAAGAAAAGCAAAGCUACAAUCACUGAAUCCCAUGAGCGUAGCCUAAAGACAUUUUGUGGUUAACCUUUUUCAUCCAAUAAAAAAACUUAAGCAAAACUAUAUUUACCAAUUUCUACCAUUCCCUGGGUUCUAUUAUUAAAGUACAGUUAAUAACAGAUUUCAUAUUCGACCACAAGUUUUUAAUAGAGGAGUAGCAUAAUAAUGCACUGUAGAUAUCUUAAAAUAUGUAUUUUGUUUUAGUUUCAAAUACCAGAAAUAAUGCUCACUGCGCUUCCCCAAACCCCCUAGCUGGCAGGGGGAGGUUGUCUACGGUUGUUCCAUUAACUCCAGAAACAUCACAUUCUGAUAGAACGAUGGGACUGAAUGUAAUGAACAUUAAUUGCCUACACACACACACAUAUAUAAACACAUAUAUAAAUAUGUGUGUGUUGGAGAAAGGGAAAAAAAUAUCCCUCAACCCAGCCCCUACCUCCUAAAAUAAUCCUGGCUACGCCCAUACUUAACAAAAGAAAGGUAAAGUUCCCCUUUUCAGACUCAGUCGUCUAUAGGGCGAUGAUGUCAGAUGGAUAUGUUCGGAAUUUGUUGCUUCAGGUCUAACAUGAUGUCUCUAAAACAAAAUCCUCUAAGCUACUUCGCCAGUUUGAUUUGCACAUUGUACGUUUCCGGGUUAAGUCAUUCUAGUGAUGAGAAACAGUUCAUGAAGAAGUAACUUCCAAAGUCAGCCUUGGGCCAAGCUACUCUGAUCAAGGAACCAAGACAUUGUCUUUACCAUUCUCAAAAGUUGCAUCCUUUCUAAGAAAAUACCAUCUCUUUGUACGACUAACUCUUUGUACGACUAACUCUUUUAUUUCUUAUUGUUGUUGUUACCAACACUUACUAGGACUAAGCUACAACCAUUUGUAUUUGCAUAUAUCUUUAUGUCACUAACAGUGUAUCCUAAUGAUAGGAGACACUUCUUGAAUACCAACCAUUGAAGUAGACAUACUAGUCUGUUAUAUAUUAACUAUGAACUAUACAAACAUAUUGAAACGUUGAGAUUGGAGACAGUCACCACAACAAGGACACAAGUCUCAUGCCAACCUGAGCGGUAUAGGCAGUCCAACUUACAGAAAUCAACAAUUUAAUUAUUUGUUUUAAAUAACACUUUGAAUUAAUGUCAUCAUAGCUGAAUGACUGACUCUUGUAUUCAUCGGGGUGUGAAUAGGAUUCACAAGGUUAUAGCAUAAUGUCAUUCUCAAGGUUAUAGCAUAAUGUCCUUCACAAGGUCAAUGCAUAAUGUCCUCUCCAAGGCUAUAGCAUAAUGUCAUUCACAAGGUUAUAGCCUGAUGUCCUUAACAGGGUUGUAGCAUAAUGUCAUUCACAAGGUUAUGACAUUAUGUCAAAAGUAUUUGGGAAGCAGUUUUUCUCAAAUGAUUCCUAAUCUUUGUUAUUCUUUCGGUCGUAAUUUCCUAUAAUAAAGAAACAUUUUGUUUCUAAAGAAGUGCUGUAUGUAACAAUGGAGAUACUUGAUUUUGUUUCUAAAGAAGUGCUGUAUGUAACAAUGGAGAUACUUGAUUUUGUUUCUAAAGAAGUGCUGUAUGUAACAAUGGAGAUACUUGAUUUUGUUUCUAAAGAAGUGCUGUAUGUAACAAUGGAGAUACUUGAUUUUGUUUCUAAAGAAGUGCUGUAUGUAACAAUGGAGAUACUUGAUUUUGUUUCUAAAGAAGUGCUGUAUGUAACAAUGGAGAUACUUGAUUUUGUUUCUAAAGAAGUGCUGUAUGUAACAAUGGAGAUACUUGAUUUUGUUUCUAAAGAAGUGCUGUAUGUAACAAUGGAGAUACUUGAUUUUGUUUCUAAAGAAGUGCUGUAUGUAACAAUGGAGAUACUUGAUUUUGUUUCUAAAGAAGUGCUGUAUGUAACAAUGGAUAUACUUGAUUUUGUUUCUAAAGAAGUGCUGUAUGUAACAAUGGAGAUACUUGAUUUUGUUUCUAAAGAAGUGCUGUAUGUAACAAUGGAGAUACUUGAUUUUGUUUCUAAAGAAGUGCUGUAUGUAACAAUGGAGAUACUUGAUUUUGUUUCUAAAGAAGUGCUGUAUGUAACAAUGGAGAUACUUGAUUUUGUUUCUAAAGAAGUGCUGUAUGUAACAAUGGAGAUACUUGAUUUUGUUUCUAAAGAAGUGCUGUAUGUAACAAUGGAGAUACUUGAUUUUGUUUCUAAAGAAGUGCUGUAUGUAACAAUGGAGAUACUUGAUUUUGUUUCUAAAGAAGUGCUGUAUGUAACAAUGGAGAUACUUGAUUUUGUUUCUAAAGAAGUGCUGUAUGUAACAAUGGAUAUACUUGAUUUUGUUUCUAAAGAAGUGCUGUAUGUAACAAUGGAUAUACUUGAUUUUGUUUCUAAAGAAGUGCUGUAUGUAACAAUGGAUAUACUUGAUUUUGUUUCUAAAGAAGUGCUGUAUGUAACAAUGGAGAUACUUGAUUUUGUUUCUAAAGAAGUGCUGUAUGUAACAAUGGAGAUACUUGAUUUUGUUUCUAAAGAAGUGCUGUAUGUAACAAUGGAUAUACUUGAUUUUGUUUCUAAAGAAGUGCUGUAUGUAACAAUGGAGAUACUUGAUUUUGUUUCUAAAGAAGUGCUGUAUGUAACAAUGGAUAUACUUGAUUUUGUUUCUAAAGAAGUGCUGUAUGUAACAAUGGAGAUACUUGAUUUUGUUUCUAAAGAAGUGCUGUAUGUAACAAUGGAGAUACUUGAUUUUGUUUCUAAAGAAGUGCUGUAUGUAACAAUGGAGAUACUUGAUUUUGUUUCUAAAGAAGUGCUGUAUGUAACAAUGGAGAUACUUGAUUUUGUAUUGUUUUUAUUAUGCCUAAACUUUACACAUUUGAUAUUAUUAUGAAAUAAAAUAAAAUGGUGGAUUGGAAUAUAAAUUUGAAUAUAUUUUCUUUUCGUUGAAGAUUCUAAUUGUUACAAAAAUUAUUCUUACAAAGACAGCUUUAGAAUUUAAUCCAUAAAUAUAUACCAGAUAUUGUUUACCUAAUUUAAAAAAGUAAUAUCAGUGUUUAAAAUAUUCCAGCUACAUAUAGUCCUAAAUAAAUGAAGAUGACUAUGCGUCCUAGUAUUUAUAUCACACUUGAAUCAAUGCAGGCGGCACUAGCCGUUGACGUAUGUGUGGUCAUGGUUAAGAAUGUCUAGACCUCCAGACCAAAUACAAUGUUAGAAAAUAGCACUUUGAAAAAUUAUAAUGGCUAAACCAGAAUUUUCCCUGAAUUAGCUAUUAAUUUUUUUUUUCCAAAGAUAUACAUAAACUGUCAAAUUUUGCAACCUGAUAUGUGGAAUUGAUAAAAAAUGUUAAAAUGUAAUAUUCAUGUUUCUCUGUCUGUUUUAUUAUUUAACCUUUUUUACCUUUUAUCUGAAAUAUUUUAACCAAUUCUAUUAUUGCAAAUACAAAUAGACCUAUAUUUAACAAAUAAAUCAUACCAGGCUACAAUGGAUACAAAUAUGUCAUGCUCCUUAUUUGAAGUUAUUAAAUUUUCAUUUAAAUAAUUA